GUUUGGGAUGAUAACGAGGAUGGGACAAGACAAGACGGUCAAAAUAAGACAGGACAAGACAAAAUGGUCGGUCAGAAUAGGGUAGGACCGGACAAGAUGGAUGGUCAGAAUAGGGUAAGACCGGACAAGAUGGAUGGUCAGAAUAGGGUAAGACAGGAUAAGACGGUCGGUCAGAAUAAGGUAAGACCGGACAAGACGGUCAGAAUAGCUGGAGGACAGGACAGCCAAGACGGUCAAAUAGAAUAG